ACCCGAACGGUACUCAGCCAGAAGAUUCUCACGCCUGGUUGCUACCAAGCCGAGAGUCGCCCGUCGUCGGUCGGUCGGGUGGAUUUCCAGUCCCAGUCAAACCGAGACUUUCAUUGCGAUGAGUUUACAUAAUCCGUCGGUGUGCGGCUGCGGUUGGUUUGUAAAUUUUUCAGCAAAAAAUAGAGAGAUUUUACAAGCAACAACACAACUGCGCCGCUAGAAGGGAAGGCAACCAGCAAAAGUGAGUGCGCGUAAGUGCGGAAAACGGAAGUCCAACACAAGCCACUGCGGAAUAGGCGGCAAAGUGCAGGAAGCGAUCGUAAGAGCCCGGUUCUCGUUCGGGGGACCGCACAGCGCACCGUUUGUGUAGUGAAGUGCGAGAGGAGGCAGGAGAGAGAGAAAAAAGAAGAAAAGUGGAAAAGCUACCGGAGCGGAAAAGUAGCUUGAUAUUGAAGGUGUCCCACGUGAGCCUGUGGUGGUUCUUUUGUGUUUCCGCUUUUUGUGAAGUUUAGGGUUUCUUGGUUUUGGUGAGGCGUUUAUGUGCGGGUUGUGUUUCAAGUGGAAUACGUCACGGGGUGGGGAAUAGAAGAAGAAGGAGCAUAACUAGUGCAAUUCAUCGGAGAUCAGCUGGUUGAAGCAUCGUCCAGCCCGCAAAGCCCAAUUGGCUCCACUGCAGUAGUGUGUGUCGGUUGAGGAAGUUUGUGGCGGUCGUUUAGCACGAGCUGGGGGCGUUCUGAGGAGGCGUACCAAGCAGCUGUGGAUGGUGUAAGCAGUCGUCAGGACGGCGCUGCAAACUAUGAGAAGCGAUUGAAUUAAUUGAUAGAUGUGGGGGUGACAUCGAGAUGGGCCAGGGGCUCGAACCGCUAACUGCAGAUCUUUGUCUGUCCUCCCGGUCGCAGCCCCCCCAGCUUCCGUCUCGUACUGAAUUCUUCGAGCAAUCGAAGAACGUGUUCAAAGUAGCAGCAAAAAGUAUUACCACAGCAGCAGCACCACAGCAACAGAAGCAACAACUAUCACUACUACUACUAUCACUACGAAGCAAAUCCGGCAGACGAAAGGGCCUCAGCACGAGGAUACAAAUAGGCACAAAAAACUGGUUCGGACUACAGCCUUGCCGGCUGACCACGGCUGGCAACUUUCGGCCUCAAGCACAAGAUACUCGUUUCAUUCUUCUCUCAAUGCUACCAGAAUUUUCAUCUAACGCACACAUGAUGGAGUUUGGCUAGGCCCUCUCAAAUGCGAAUGCUGAAACCUGCGCAACAUUUAGUGCCUCCAAAAGGAGGGCACUAAAAAUCUUAAGAACAAAAUAGCAACAACAACUGCUGCAACUGACACUCUAAACGACUGGCUGCAUACCAACGGAAAACAUCAAGUGCGGUACUAUCCGACACAGCAACAUAUAACAGUACGACACUUGGGACUAAUCAGCCUCAAGGUGUUGCAGUUGGUGGCCAUGGAGCCUCCUGGUGGACUGCCACCAGACAAAGAUGGACACAAGCUUCUACAGCAGCAGCACAGUCUACAAAAGAAUCAGCACAAUCCUCAGUCACCUCCACCGACUACAGCAGGAACAGCAACGACAUCUUUGCCACAACAAUAUGCACUGCAACUACAUACUCAACAGCCACAGCUUCAACUUGUACCCCUGCAUCAACCGUUAACUUCAACUUCUUCUGUGAGCAACCAGCAACUGCAACUGCAGCCACAUGUUUCACUCCAAACCGGUUCGGUAUCGGGGUCGUUGACCUAUAGCGUCGGAGGAGGGACUGGAGGUAGUGCCAGUGGAACUCCAGCGGGCAACGUCCAGACAGGAAUCGAGCGUCUCUCCCGGCCUAUGGCGUUUGACAAGAUGGAGGGAUUGGUACGUGAAAUGCAAGAUCCUGAAUCUGGAGUUCCUGUGCGUAGUCAAAAACUUUUCCUCACUUCGAUUCCAUCUGCUUUUAUGGGGUACGAUCUGAUCGAAUGGCUGAUGGAACGGCUGGUUAUCGAAGAGUCGGAAGCGCUGAACAUAAGCAAUCAACUGUGCAUGCAUGGCUACUUCUUCCCCGUGUCGGACUCCAAAACGCUGGUCGUUAAGGAUGACUCCUCGUUGUAUCGCUUCCAAACGCCGUACUAUUGGCCGUGGCAGCAGAAGGCACCGGAUAACAUCGAGUAUGCAAUCUAUUUGACGAAGCGAUCCCUACGGAAUAAGCAACGGCAUGGACUGGAGGACUACGAAGCUGAAGCUAUGGCCAGUUUGCACAAGAACCUCAAGGGCAAAUGGGAUUUCAUCACGAUGCAAGCGGAGGAGCAGGUUAGGUUGGCCAAGGAGCGGAAGAAGGGCGAUAAGAUUGUCGGAGACUCUCAGGAACGAGCGUAUUGGAGAGUUCACCGGCCUCCGCCAGGUCAGUUCACUCCGCUGGAACCUUGUCCAAUCCCGUCUCGUGAUCGCCAAGGCAAACCAAGGAAACGGACCGUCGAUGAUUGGCAGCGUGAAGUAGAGAUCCUGAAGGCCUCUCUUGGGAGGAACCGGGUUAAGAUGUCGCAAGCGUGCGAAAGCCUAGUGUCGUAUUUUGAAACGUUUAGCGAGUAUGAUCCCAUGAUGCAGCCACCACUUCCGUCAAAUCCUUGGGUCACCGAAGACGUGAGCUUCUGGCAGAUGAACAAUCCGUUAGUUGAAGUUCCAACCGAGAAGCGAGUCAAACGCUGGGGUAUUUCCAUAGAAGAAGUUGUUUCGGACCCCACAGGCCUGCAGGAGUUCACCGCAUAUCUAAAAAAGGAAUACUCGCAUGAGAAUAUCCGCUUUUGGAUGGCGGUGAAUGAUUUGCGAAGGUCGUCUCACUCGCAGAUUUCGAGAAAAGUUAGGGAUAUCUAUGAAGAGUUUCUCGAACCGGGUGCUCCUUGUGAGAUCAACAUCGACGGCAAAACCAUGGAGAAAGUACAUCAAGGUCUAAAAAAUCCAUCUAGAUUUGCAUUUGAUUCCGCUGCCGAGCACAUCUAUAUGCUGUUGUUGAAAAAGGAUUGCUAUCCACGUUUCGUUCGUUCGGAGCACUACAAAACUCUAAUGGCGAAUGCAAUUCAACCGUCGCACAAAAAGCGCUUCUUUGGAUUCGGGGGUGGAGCAAAGAAGAAAGGCUCGACAGCAACUGCUCCUAACCCUUCGCUUUUGUCACAGCCCACCUCUCAAGCAACCGGAACUGUCAACAGCCUUUCUAGACGACGAGGAAGUGACCGAAGUCUGUCUGGAUCUGCCCAUGAGUUGGCCGUAUGUGGAGUUAAGGAUAGUACUAAAGUGCCACAUUCUCAUAGCCAAAGCAAUUUGAGCGACAUUCCUUACAGUGUCUCGAUCUACAGAGGUGAUAUGCCUUCCAGUGGCUUUGUCGGACAUGUGGGAACAGUUGAGCGAAACGACGAACAGAAAAUUGGACAGCAGGAAGUACACUCGAAACCGCUUAGUACGACCCUGGAGGCAGCAGUGGAAUCAUCUAGCGGGGCAUGCUCGGUGUGCCCGUGGGACUCCCCACCGACCUCGAAAGCUUUGGUCCCAGUCGAAAAGAAAUCCACGGCUGCCGAGAAGGAAGCUCCAGCGUCUGUUUCUGUUUCCGUUUGUCCUUGGGAUGAUGGCGAUGCUAAACUACCACCUGAUAGCAAAACCAAAGCUCUGAAUGCCAUCCGUUCGGCCACCGACAUCAGUGAAGUUUCAGAACGCAUGAAGCGAUCUUGCGGGAUUCGGCAGAACACGCUGGACAGUGACUUUCACAGUACUAAGCGGCUGGCACCGGUUGUGACGGAGCAAAGGAGAGCUUCCAUGACAAUUGCACCGAGAUUGUCCGAUCUCCAGUUCACCACUCGGGCUAACUCGGCAGGCAGUGAAACGGUUGGAAGUAGCGCGUCACUACAGCAGCAGCAUUCUGUAGACUACUCUCGGAAUUUAUCGCAAGGAUCGCUGUCAACCAGCUUCGAGGAACGGGAAGACUCGACGGCGACGCCAAACGUGUCAGAGGAAAACUUGUGCAAGGUGAAGAAAGAUAGUGUAUCGGAGAUGGAACCAGAUCAGCCAAGCGUGGUUGCAAGCAGUGUUGUUCAGAACAAACCUAUCGCUCAAGUAAACAAAAACAAUGAACGUGGCAGUGGUUGUGUGUGCGCCACAAUACAAACAGACAUUACUGCAGUGGUGUGUGACGUGCAGCAAGAAAAAACGAAACACAGUUCGGAAGAUUAUAACGUUCAAUCUACUAGGGUGAUGUCCACCGCAGCUGAAGCUCAAAGAAACGAUACGGUGGGUGGCGAAAAGAUGCCACCCACUAUUAGUGUAUGUUUUGCAAACAACUCCUCGGAGGAGGAAAACCGCCGGAGGCGUUCGUUGGAACACAGUGGAGAGAAAUCGUUUGAUGACGAUCAGGAGGUACGCCAGGAAAUAGAGGAGGUAUAUUUUACCAGCGAAGAAAAUGACGACGAAGGCACCGGGCCGGGGUUGUACCACCGAAUGCCAGAGCCACCCCAGGACAUGUCUCCCCUGGCGGAGGACGAUAACUUCUCCGAAUCUCUCUCCCAGCCGAACCAGCAGUCGUCACUGGAACAGGUCGAGUACGACAUCCUGAUGGAGGGCGACAACCUGGCACCAGGCUGUGUGGCCCCCGCUCCGACCCCGGCGCCCUCGAUUGCGCCGUUGGCCGAAGUCGAGAUGGAUCCGGGCGACGACGACCCGGAACCGGAAACGGAAACCGACCACACCGAAACGGUGACGGUGCACGUGACCACCCGGGAGAAGCAGGAACAGGAACCGGAAGCAUCCGCCGGGGCGACCGUCGUGAUCAUCGAGGACCAGAUCAAGCGUAAGAAACGUCGCGAGCGGAAGGACAAGGACUCCGUUCAGCAGCAGAAAAGUGAGGACGACAGUAGCGAAAAGAAGGGGUAUGCAGUUUGUCCGUGGGAUGAUGAGGAUGAUUCCACUGCAGACGAUGCUCCGUAUGUGAAAACAUAUUCUACCCUCGGAUAUCUGUGAGUGUUUCCAGGAAAUAGCAGAGCUCGUUUUGGAUGGGGAUUCGGAGUAUAGAAACUAAAAUCGUGUUUGGAUGUGGUAUUGUCAGUGAAAUGGAAUCAUUCGAAUGUUUCUGUCAAUCGGAACCUUGUCAGCAGAUACUGGGAUGUGUAAGCAAUAAUUAAAGAGAGUAUUUAUAGGCUAUAGAUGAAGAAAUCAGGAGUCAAAUUUCCAUUAGGGUUACGAUCCAAGCCCUAGAACUAAUCCUUUUGUGAAAUUUCUCGCGUAAACCUUACAAUGACAGUUCUUCAGAGGGAUAUAUAAACAAGAUGAAAGAAAUUGAAAGUGACGAGAAAGAUUUCCAACUUCCGUCAUAAGAUCUUCGAAGGGAAGCGAAACAGUCUAAGAUUUCUUCUGGUGCAUCUGAGAGCCCCAAAAACUGAAUACACAGCAGAUAACUAACUAAAAUGCAUCACAUACUACUGAACAACCACGUCUGAGACUUCAUUCUUCCUGGUCACUUUCAAGAGUAGUGAAGAUUUUGAGGUUUAUGAAGCGGGAAGUUUUUCGAUGGUUUUCUUCUAAUCAUUCAGCUUUGAAGUUAAAUUAAGUCGAUAUCUCAAAAUGUGUUUCAACUGCAUAACAUCAAAUCGGUGAUUAACACAAGUCUUGCGUAUCUUUUCAACUCGCGUUGAAUCAUAAUAUUUGAAUUAAUCAUUAUUCAACAAAUUUAUCAUGGAUCUUAUCUAUCUAGCCGUAUAAUAAAUAGUGUCUAAUUAAUGGAACACCUUGAAUGUUAGUAAUAAGUAAGAAAACUUUGAGGCAAAAUAAUAGUUUUCUAUAGUGCAUCGACAACUUGGAGGAAAGGAGAAAAAAUAAAACAAAUUGUCUCAUGAAUUACUCUUAAGAAAUAUUGAUAGAUUCACGAUUGAUCCAUGCUACAUUUGAAUUGGCCAGGACACAACUGUUCCUGUCAUGAUACAAAAAAUGUAUUGCAAAACGUACCUCUCACGUUAGAAGAGCAGUGUUGGAGGAUUCAUGAAAACUUAAACAAUACACAUUUUUAUUGAUAUAAGACAAUUUAAACAAGCAGAAUAUCCGCAUAGCUAUCAUACUUCAUCUAAAGCAUAGGAAUAUUUAGACAUCGUAGUAUCAUAACACAUAGAACAGAACAUUUUUGUGAAUGACUAACUUAUCCAUAAGUAAUCACAAAACCUCACAGAAAUGUGUUAUUGGAAAACAGACGGCAGACAAACGCCUUUGUACACCAUUAUUGAAACGCAUCAACGUUUUGUUCACCAUAUGGAAGAAAACCAACCAAAAUGAUGAGUGGAACUAAAGUGAAGUGUGGUACAUGAGUGGGGAAACAAUUUCGAAAAGAAUGUUGGAUAGAACUGUCAUUGCUGGGCUUACGUUUAGUACGGUAGAAUUGUUUAGUUUGGAAGAAGCAGAUUUGAAUAGUAAAUGUUUGUUUAGCAUAUUUUUGAGGUAACGAAACAGUCGAGUAAUAUAAUGCAUUUCACUGUGUUAGGGACAUUGCUAACAUCGUCUAGUAUCCGCUGAUUGUAUUCCGACUGCUGAAAAAUUGAAUGUUGAAAGGGAUGCUGCUAGUUUUAUAUCUGUUCAUGGAAUAAUUGAAUCGGUUGAUUGUUUGAUGAAAUAUUUUUCGCACAGCGAAAAUGUGGGGAUCAGUGAUAAGAAUAUAAGUAUGUUAUUCUUGAGUGACGACAAAGGAUAAUAACUCUUAAUAGUUAUCCAUAAUCCAUUUUGAUCAUCGCAGAGGUGCAGAAGCCAUCAAAACCUGCUGCAGAAUCCAUCAUAGAAACAUAACACAUCGUUGCCUCUUAUCCUUAAACGAACUCCUUGGAAUGUCCAACAAAACAAACAAAACAAAACAAUGUGGCGCUGUCAGAUUCGGCGAUCCAUGCAGCAAAUCGGGGAAGUUUUGGAUCGGCUCUAACAGCUUCAAGGGCUUGCCAGGAGAUUCCGUGUAACGCAAAGCAAGGUUGAGGUAAAUCAACACGAUCUGGAAGCAAUCGCUCCAGUGCAUUCUCUUCUUCUUAUUUCUGGCUAGCUGACCUCGUAGUUGUAGUUUAACAUCCGCCUAUUUCUGGUACUAAGCGUAAACACGGACGGUCAGGGAUACAUCCAAACAAACAUGACACCCUAUCUACAUAUCAAACUCAAUAACACAUGGGCCGGGACCUACGGCUUUACUUCCUAUCCGAGGGAAGGCGUGUUGUCUCAGAAAUACCGAUGGCGUCGACUAAGAUUGAACCCCUGACGCCGCUCAGCGCAAUUUCAAACGAGACGGCAAAGAUGACAACAACGAUUAGAGCGGUUCCAUCUGCUGGCAGCUACAGAUCCACAAAGUUCUACGAGGGGAAACAUCUGCCUGACGGAAACCCAUCAGGCGAUGAUGCUGUAGUCGUCGGAUGACGGAUGAAAUGUAAACAAUAUUGACCCUGCAGGGGGCAAAUAGAUACCGAAUUAUGCACCCUUUGAUAAUGUGAGACUUCCAGUAUUCAAUGCACCAACUUUCGAUGGAAAUCACCGGACCUGAACCAGAUCCGACCGAUUUGAUCGAUUUUCCGUCAGCCAGACAGAUCGUCGUCGCUUUCGUCGGUGUCUGCUUCCUCAAAAAAGCUGGAAUUGUUCGUCAUGUGGGCCGUGGCACCUGAAUUCAGAUACCACACGUCAGCCUCUCCGGGCACACCAGCAGCCAGACAUAGAUCACCUCCUGACUUCGCUUUGACGAUAUUUGCUUGCUGGGACUACUGCUUUUCCUGUUGAUCUUUUUCCGGCAGUCGCGCUGGUGUGCCCCUGCUUCUUGCAAUAAUGACACACUUUCCCUUCUUCACUUUUGGCUACUCCGCCGGAUUCGGUCGCGAACGCUUGCUCGCUCAAUGACCCGAAGUCUUCCCUCGUCGAGCAGCUUUCCCUUCACGAAAUCGACGGUCAGAUCCGCAUCUGGUCGACUUUUGAGUGCCAUGAUCAAUCCACCGUAGGACUCCGAAAGACUGGACAGCAUUAGAGCCACGAACCACUGGUCUUUCACAUCUUCGCCCAAUGCAGAUAGACGAAUCCGCAACGCCGUCAUCUGCUUAAGAUGUUCCGCCAUGUCCCCGUCGUCCGGCAUCUGCAACGUUUUCAACUGACGCACGAGCAUAGUUAAGCUCGAAAGAGAAGAACGCUCGUGGUAAUCUUGCAGAGCAUCCCACAUCUUCUUAGCCGUGGACUUUUACAUCACGUGAAUCAGUUGGCCGCCUUCCAGUACCAAUCUGUUAGUUGCAUGCGAAUACUUGUCUUUUUAGAACCAGGCUGCACCCACUUUUUCCGGCUUCGAAUUCGCCAACCCAACACAUUCAACACUUUUUUCUCGCGUCAAGAAAAAAAGUACCUUAAACUUCCAGAUCGGGUAGUUUUGGUCGUUUGGCUUGUCUAACGGAACUUUCGAAUCCGCCAUUUUGCCUUUAAUAGGAGAUCGUUGUCCCUUUGACACACCUGUGUCAUAGUGGGGCCAAAAGAUUGUCAACGUGGAGAACCCAAUAAACGGACAAUCGGUGUAAUGCUUGGACUUAACACUCAACAGGUAUCGCCAGACGUCUAACUGAAGAAUACGAGGGAGAAGCUUGGGGAGAAGUCACAUGCUGAGAAAAAGGCGCCUCGUAGCAUACGGCUACUUACAGUGGCUCAAAAGUGCGCGGCAAGCUCCAGCGAGCAUUCGAUCUUUUGAGUGGAAUCGACUUACAGUGCAAACGUGACCUCGUACAAGAAGCGAAGUUGUUUGUAUAAUUGUUUGCGCCCAUCGUUGAAAAUCUGUUUUUUGAAGUCGGUGUGUCGCAUUGUGGACUGUAGGUAGCGCCAUCGUCCGCUGUUGUGUCCUAAGAUGAAAAACUGAAAUGGUUAGCAAGAAGAGUAUAUCCUAGAGUGUAUCAGUGAGUCAAGUCAGCCUGCGUAGCUGUUCCAAAGUUCCGGAGAUGUCGCUGGUAGUAUAGGUUCUGCAACCACUGACGGAAACGUUUGCACUGUCGAUAGCGCUCAUCGACGUGAAAGCUGCAAAUGCUGACUUUUUGAAGUAUCGUACAGGUAGGUCUACCUUGAUCGGUUAAGUACAAUCCGUAGCUGCUACAGAAGGAAGUCCAAGAUGCUCUGGUGGAUCCAGCUGUUUUCCUUGCCACUCUCCAUACCGGGAAUGUCGAGGACGGAUUUGGUAUCUUAGUUGCCCAGAACACAAUCUUCUUCAGGAUCGUAACUAGCAAUCAACCACAAAAUGUAUACCGUGCCUUUUCUCCAUCGCUAACCACCGUCAAAACUGAGCGACGGUGAAUGCUCGGAGUAUGUUCCAGUGGGCAUGAAGCUAGCGGAACAGCCGGAGACAGCCAAGCCACUUGGAAUUUGAUGACUGCCCAAAGACGACGUUUUUUUUUGCUUCAAGGUUAACCUUUCAGUAAACACUAAGCGGAAAUUCAUACGGAUCGGUGGUUGUCUCCGGUUAUUGUGAAAAUCAGCGGUUCUACCUGAUGACUCAGCGAAGUUCCCUACAAUCAACCAAGAGAUCAUGAUCGGUAGACUGCAAACUGCAGUUCAACAAGCAGUUCGUAACUGCACUAAGUGUAUUAGAUUGCUAGGGCAGACCGCCAAUCAGCUCAUGGGUAGCCCACCUUUAUCUCGAGAGAAGGCAACACGAGCGUUCACCCACGUGGGCGCAAUUUCCUAAGCUUCCUAGAGCAAAAUUUCCACAGGGAGACCUUGCGUUAUUCAACUCCAAUUCCAAUUCAAUCAGUUUGACUCAAUUGUCAUUCUCGGAAUUGGUAACCUCCAUGUAGAUCUAUGAAUUUGGAUUUUAUAGCCGUAGUAUUGCAUAGUCAUGCAUCCGUAACAUUGACAGAAUUACCAUUCGACAUAUUCAUCUAUUGUUGCACGUAUCAGCCUAAUUAGAUUCGCCAGAGUUAUGACGUUGUCUAUUAAAUAGGUUUCUUUUCAAUGAAUUGUACGCUGCUUCCAAAUCCAUGAACAGAUGGCGAGUCUGCAAGUUUUAUUACUGAAAUUUAUCUAGAAUCACCGCAGAGUAAACACCCGAUUUGCCGUUGACCGGCCGGUCAAGCGGUCUCAAUCAGUUAAACUGGAUACGCGACAGUAUCUACACUAAAUUCAUUAGGGUAAUCCUCUCAUAAUCGACCGGAAUCUCGUUCUUCCUAGCAGCCUUAAUGUUUUUUAAGCUCUUCUUCUUAACCUAUUUCAGUCAUAAACAAUGUUAAUCCAGUUCCUGGUUACACUUGCGUUGUCGUCAUUCACCUGAAUGCCACCAUUGUUUUGUCUGUCAGCAUAUUUCCUUCCUGGCUAUUAGAGACGAACCAGCCAAGAGCUGAAAGUCUCUAUAAUCGAUCAACGAUCAAAUCGAUCAAAUCUGACUAUACAUCUCAAUGGUUGCUCCUCCGUGAUUGAUCUGAGCUGGUACCAAUUGCACUGAGAUCCAAAUGAAUAAGGGCUGGGACACUCCACUUAUUCUCAAAGUGCAAUUCAAGCAGCUCAUGCAUUUUUGAUCAAUAACGACGCCGGCCACGUCCUUAUAUUCAGUUGGGAAGGGAAAGGAAUGUUAGAGUGUACUGGUUGUUGCUACUAAAGACCGAGAGCACCUCUGCAUCCCCACAACCAGCAUGGACUUAGGUGUCUGUUAGACGGAAAGGAUGGGAGAUUUGGAAGUCACCGUUGGGUCGGUGAUGCGAUCCAUGGAUAGGGGUUAUUUAUAGUGUUCGAGAUAGAUUGUGUGGUGAAUCAGGUGAAUAAGGGUCAAGCGCCACAGUACGCUUUGGUUGCAUAACUUGUAGGCGUUAUAUAGAAAGAUACAAAGUAGGAUGGAAGAGACGGACCAGGGAUUGAACCCAUAACCUUCUGCAUACGAAUCAGAAGCGGUAGCCACUAGACCACCAAGCCCGUCCCAAGGGCUGAAAGUCUCUAUAAUAAAGACAAAUCAGUCAAUCAAUCAAGGCUAUUGCAUAAAACCUCUACAUAUCGUUCCGAUCCAUGCUUUCCCGCGCUACAGCAAUCUUGGUGUCGUUUCUAGCUGCGAUUGGUUUUGUUGUAUCAAAUUACUCUUUUUUAUUCCAUGAACAGGUUAUAAAUCUAGUUAGCAAGGUACUAUAGGCAAGGUCAGGUUGGAAAAUAUUGAAAGAAGGUUCGGAAAAGAGACUUUGUGCUUGGCGCAAACUUGUACUGUUGAAAACUGAGUGAUUCCCUAUAUGUGAACUAAAUUUAAUAACCUAGAAAAAACAAAGGGUAAGAUUCAUGUAUAUGGUUGUUGUUUUAGCUAUACAGCUAUUGAAAAUGCUAUUCUCUCUCUAUCUUCUUACAAAUAAAAUCGUACAACUAUAUUCAAACAAAUACCCAAAUUUACCAUUACAAAACCAACACCCAAACCCUUUUUGGAAGGCGAAACGCAACCAUUUUGCUUACUAGAUCUUGUCUACAACAAAGUGAAGAAAACCCAUUAUCAGAAGAAAUAUUGAAUCCACCGGAAAUAGAACAUCGUAAAGUAUUUAUUUUACCAAAAAUUUCUUACCCUCUUUGAUCGACAAAUAAUGUUAAGAAAACAAUCGCGUAGAAUGCCACAACAAUAUACCAAUCAAACAGCAUCUUUUAACGGGUAUAAGCUAAUAAGUGGAUUAAUAACAAUGUACUUAGGAACGAAGCUCCUAGAUCUUCAGCAGUUCUUCUACACAUUUCCCAUGUCAUUACAAAAAAAACAACAUGUUAGGAACAAGUAGUCAAGUAAUGUUCAAAGCGACGAUGAUCUUUAGUACGCGAUCCCCAUGAUGCAUAUCAUGCUUUUGAAUCGUUUCAGUAACCUCACAACUGUUUUCUAGUAUUACGUUCCUGCGUCAUUUUUGUAAUCGAACAACCCCAUUAAGUUUAGACACUAUGAUCAUAAAUUCUAGUUUGCUCAAAGCACUACCCGAAGUCGUCGCUUUCCUAUUAGUGAGAGAAAAGAAACAACAAAAACCAGGACAUUCUAUAAUGAUUAAACUGAGUAUUAAAUAGAUGACAGUGAAAGCAAAAAUAUAAAAUUUGAAGACAAACCAAACAAACACAAUGAUACAACGCGACAGUUUACUGAAUUUUAUCGCUCGUAAAAUGAAACUAGCCUAGUGAGAGAAAAAAAAAUAAACAGAGAUUUAACAAUUGUCGGAAAAGUAUAGACAUUUGACUUGAUCAUAUUAGAAACUAUGAAACUUAAAAUAAUGUUACUAACAUAAAAAUGAAAACAAAAAUGCUAGUUGAAAGAAAAACAAAAUGCCAGUUAAUGUGCCGCUGUAUUAGUGACUAUGUUAUAAAGUACUUUAAAAGAUAUAAGUGAGCCGAUGAUAAACAAAAAAAAAUCAACAAGGAACGUCGAACUUAGCUGGUCCCCUGCAUCAUUUAAUCCACACAUCAUGGUAGCAAUCUUGCCAUCCGGAGUACAUGUGAAUGUAAUGGGUUUUGUUUACAACCACCCUUCAAACCUGAAAAACUCCGCAUAGCAAAGAAAAAAACUGUCGUCAAAACUGGUUGAACACGAAACAGUUAGUAAUUUGUUGUAAAAGUAAAUCGAAAAAAGUACAAUAAUGCAUUAAAAUGAGAUUGGUAAGAAGCGUAAAACAAAUAAAGAAGGAACAAAAUGUUA